UGGAGGUUCAAAACACAGGCUGGUCUCGGUCUUCCUGCAUUCAACUUUCCUUUCCUUUAGUUUGUGCUGCAGUUGCCAUCAUGAGACUGGGCGUGCUUCUACUGCUGUCAGUGCUUUGGACGGCACAAGGAUUUCCUGCUAAUAAAGGUUGCGUCGGAGGACCAGGCGGUCCCCCAGGUUGCGCCAGAGGACCAGGCGGUCCCCCAGGUUGCGCCAGAGGACCAGGCGGUCCCCCAGGUUGCGCCAGUCCAGCUUUCCAACCAGUGGUAUUUGUACCCGUCUACCUGGCUUCACCAUGCGGCCAUGGAGGUGGUGGAGGCGAUGAGGGAGAUGGUGGUGAUGGAGGCGAUCAAGGAGAUGGUGGUGGAAGUGGAAGUGGCACCACAAAUGGAAGUGGAAGCGGCACCGGAAGUGGAAGUGGCUCCACAAAUGUAAGCGGAAGUGGGAGUGGAAGCGUAAGUGGAAGUGGAAGUGGUAGCAGCAGCGUAAGUGGAAGCGGAAGUGGAAGUGGUAGCAGCAGCGAAAUUGGAAGCGGAAGUGGAAUAGGAAGUGGAAGCGGAAGUGGAAGCGACGGCGGAAGUGGAAGCGACGGCGGAAGUGGAAGCGACAGCGGAAGUGGAAGUGGUAGCAUCAGCGAAAGUGGAAGCGACAGCGGAAGUGGAAGUGGUAGCAGCAGCGAAAUUGUAAGUGGAAAUGGAAGCGAUAGCGGAAGUGGUAGCAGCAGCGAAAUUGGAAGUGGAAGCGAAAGCGGAAGUGGAGUCUCGCCCUAGAAAGGCAACAUGGCCACCAAGACGUCCAGGCGACAACUCGGGGAAACCUCAAGGGCCGGCCUCGGGAAGAUGCCCUAUCGUUCGGACUAACCAUUAGAAAUGUCACACUGGGAGUCGCUUGUCUAUCUUUAACUAGAGGUUAAACCUGUGACUGUUGUUUAAAUCCUGAUUCCAUAUUCCUCGGUAUUCGGUUGAAUGUGAUACAAUAAUGAAGAGCAAUCUA